CUAUUUCUUGUGACCAACUAACAAAUUCUACGAUUUUUAACCAUCAUCUAUUCCACACAUUUCGAAAUGAGUAUUUCAAAUUUUACUACACAGCCUGUGAUACAGCAGCAACCCAAACUCGAGACUGAACAGCUCCACUGCAAUGCAGCCAUGCACGUCUCCAACCCUCAAGUUGAGCCUGUUUUUAUUCAUCCUACAAACGGAUCAAGUUUGUCAUAUGGAGGGAGUUCUAGUACACCAGUUGAGUCAAUGCCUGCAGGUGCAGCGAACAUUCAGCAACCACCAGGAAUGUGUUCUGAGUCCAACCACUCAGAGCAUCUGUUGCCAUCACAGAAAUACAGCAACGGUGGUACUGCACUUGUGAAUAUGGGGGACAUCCCGACUGUAAUGCAGCAACAACUGGGUGAUAGAGGAGCUCUUACAGGAAUCAACAUUCCAUACCCAGCGGCAGUAACAAGUGGGGCACCAACAACACUUUUGACAUUUCAACCUGCAGGGCGAACAUUUGUGGCAGCUCCAGCGACUGGAGUUUGGCCAGUCAAGAUCAUGCAGAAUGCCUCAACAAUGACAGAGGAGUCAGAGCUACAAGCAAUGCCGAAAAUAGGACCAGUUCAUGUUCCAGACAAGUCGAAGGAACUUGGCAAUCAGACAUGUGCUGAACCCCAAAAUGGACAAAUAAAAGGUACAACAGUAGAAUCAGUAAAAGGAAAUAGACAUCAAAUUAAUGGUGGUGUUGACGAUGAUGUUGAUGAAGAUGAAGAAGAUGAUGAUGAAGAAGAAGAAGACAGUGGUGACACCGAUGAUAGCAAAUCUGAUUUACACAAAGAAAUGUUAGCAGAAUGCCAGCAAAUGCACCUGGAACAACAGGGUACUGCAAUGGCGGAUUAUUUGUCAAGGUUGCAACCAUUGCAGCCUUUAGCAAUGCCAUUUCAGCACUUCCUGAGUUACCAAACUGAUGAAGUCAUGGAAAAUGGGACAUCACCCAGUGCUGUUAAUAAUGGAAACAGUAAGCGGUCUAGAGGGCGCCUAGGAGAAGUACGGCUUAUCACAGCUGCAGAUGGAUCGACACUCUACUCUUGCCCAGAAUGCCAGACUGUCCUACCUGAUCGGAACCAACUUGAUGUUCAUAUGCAGAUAAAUAGAAAAGCUGGUAGAAGCUGACCUUGGAGAAGAUCAGCUUGGAUUCCACAGAAAUGUAGGAAUAUGCGAGACAUUACUG